AUGCAUUUUUAUGUUCUAUUAAGUGACAAAAUAAAGUUAACUAUGGAACAAAAUAAUUCCUGCUGCUCAUCUAAUCAUAGUUCUAAUGAUACUGAUAUUCUUAUGAAAAUACCAAAUAAUUUUUUCGAUCCAAAUAUAAAUGUAGAGAAAUCUCAUUUCUCCAACGACAAUGAUUUCAUGGAAGAACUAGACAAUUUCCUCAAUAAAGAAAACAAAAACGAUGUUCACAAUUCAACAAGUAAUGAUUUACUUUGCUACGAAAAUUUUGUGGAUCCUUUACAACAAGCACCGCUAGAUAAAACUGACAAUGACUUGAAUCUUCAAGAAGAGCGUCUGAAACGACAACAUUAUGAGCAAUUAUCUUCUAUUUUACAAAAGAAAAUUAUUCAACUUCAACAAAGAUUAUCACUCUUAUUGAAGUCAAAUAAUGAAAAGGAUCAAAUUAUUCAAAGAUUGAAACAUAACGAAGGAUUAGAUGUUGAGAAUACAAAACUUCGGGAAAAAAAACAUACAAGAUCUUUGGCAGAUCGGGAACUUUUCAGUUUGAAGUUUCAAGUCAAACAAGCCAAAGAUGAUAAAUUGAAACUUCAAGAAAGACAUGAAAAAGAGAAACAAACUUUAGAAACAAAACAAAAGAAAAUUUUCAGCAACAUGAUGGAUGAAUUCUCAGAUAAAGAGCGGAAACUUUUGAAAGAGCUUGAUCAACAACGAACUGCAUUGAAAAACUAUUAUCAAACUCAACUUGAAAGUGCAUUAGGGCAAAAGGCUGGCGAGCUUCAAGAGCAAUUAGAGCAAUUUCAAAAUGAAAUCAAACAGGAAGCUGCAAGACGAGAAAAAUCUAUAAAUGAAAAAGCAAUCAUGCAAAUGGAGUUGAUUGUUAGAAAGAAUGAAGAAGAAAUUGAUCUUUUAAAUCAAAAGUGCAUGGAAGAAGUCGAACUUUAUAAAGCUCAACUACUGAAUGCAACGCGAACAAUUGAAUCGCUUGAAUCAAAAUUAAAUGAGUAUCAAAUUCGUCGUCAUGAUAUUGCUGAGAAUCUUCAUUCAAUUAUGGAGACUCAAUGGAGGAAAACUUUAGAAAUUCUCACUAAUCCAUCAAGGCUGAGGGACUAUAAAGGCGAUCCUCUAAGUAAUGACGUAUCAGAAAGUGACAAUAAUCAACAAUUUAAACAAGAGAAAACAAUAAAUAAUCUUUCAAAAAGUGAGGAGAAUCUUAAGUCUGAACUUUUGCGUAAUUAUAUUGAUAUGCUUUUGAAACAAUCACCAAAAUCCGACAAAGCAAACAGUGAAACAAAUUCCCAAAAAAGUUUGUGUAAAGGGUCACACCGACCGAAAAGCAGCAAUUCAAAGCCUUGGAAAUGACAAUAGCAUUAACUGGCUUAAUGUUUGCUUUUAAUACAAUGUUUUUAAACCUUUUUAUUAUUAUUGCAAUAAAUCGAUUGAUGAUUUUACAAGAUAAAUAAAAUUAAGCAUAUUUUUGAUGAUUAACUUAACGCAGAUUUCCUUAUUCAACAAUAUGUGAGAUUAUAAUAAUUAUUAUUGGAAUUUAUAUGUUGCGUUGGAUAAAUGGCUGUCAUUUUAGUCGAGAGAGUUUAAUGUCAGUAGUUGCUUGAGAACUUUGGUUUGUGAUGUCUCACGAAUUUCACCAGCCAAGAACAUUUCAUCUACAACUG